AUUGUUGGUAUGUUGCUUUCAGAGGAGUUGCCUAAGCUUAUAAUACUGCCAGCAUGAACGUUUGAGAUUUCCCCGCCUUAUUAUCACGGUCUUAUUCAUCUUUGUCCCCAUCCAACAAUUAUUUAUUUUAUGGCAAACAUUUAAACCAAAAUACUACUGCUACAUAUCUUUUGGAGCCCUGUCUCAAGUAAUUUCACCGCCUUCUUUGCCUUUUGUCUAAAGUGAUUUCACUCUCUACUCUUGUUUUUAGCGGAAAGUCAGGAAAAGGUCUGUCCGUCCUUUACAACAUCUUGGACAUUUUGUGUAUAGAAGAGAGCUUGAACGGGAGGAUUUGGAGUUUGCAGUGCCAUUGUUUUUUUUGAGAGCAAGAGAAAACCAGGUUUCCACUAUCAAGGAAGAUAUGACUUCCACCACUUCAGUUUCUGUUCCUCGAGAAUCUUCCCACCGUGAUGAACUCUUAAUGCAGCAGAGCUUGCUUUUUUCAGAUACUCUUAAGGAUUUGAAGAGUCUGAGGAAACAGCUGUAUUCUGCAGCGGAAUAUUUUGAGUUAGCCUACUCCAAAGAAGAGCAGAAACAAAUAGUGGAGGACACUUUGAAAGAUUAUGCCAUUAAAGCUUUGGUCAAUACUGUGGACCACUUGGGUUCUGUAGCAUACAAAGUUAACAAUUUUUUGGAUGAAAAGAUGGGUGGAAUUUGUGGAAUGCAGCUUCGUUUGUCUUGCCUGGAACAGAGACUGCGAACAUGCCAAGAGUUUGUCAACUUAGGGGGUCUUUCUCAGCAGUCAUUGGUGUUAGAGGCAUCCAAGCACCAUAAGCGGUACAUCUUUCCAGUUGAGGAUACCCUGAACGAUUUUGCUCAGACCAGCCUGAAAUCCCACCCAACUAGCAUGUGUGCUAGACUAGACUUGCAUCAGUUCAAGAAAAUUGGUAUUCAAGCAAUAGCAGCAGAGACCCCUUCCGAGAGUGCCUGGGAUGAAUUCUUUGUCUUACGCUCUCCACAACCUUCAUCAAGACAAGGACCCCUUCUGUUCACAAGCAACUCAAUGAACCAAAGAGCAGAGAAUCCAUCAACCUCUCCCCGCUACUUUCCACUCCCACGUUCUGGAUCUCUUAUGCAGAGAUCAACCUCUCCAAACCAUCCCAAUAAUAAAAGACGGUACCCUUCAGAGCCUCGAAGAGCUAUUUCUUUGUCCACCCUGGGUGAAAGAGAGAGGGCUAAAGAUAUGGAACAAUAUUCUAGCAAAAGCAAACGUCUUUUCAAGGCUAUGCUCAGCUUGCGCAAGUCCAAAAAGGAUGCCACAUCGUACAAAUUCUUGGAUGAGAAUUGAGAGGAAAAGGUUACAUUCAAGAAUUGAUAUAAUAUGCUAGUUACUGGUAAUUCUUCAUCAAAGAACUUAUGCAAUGGAAAAGGAAAGAUAUUGUAGAUUUUUCACCUCCUUAAAUUCAUUGUAUAUUUAAAGUAUCUGCCAAACUGAAAUGACAUAAACAAAAGCAAUAGUUCUUUGUAUAGAGCCUUCUUUGAAAGAAUUCUGAUCUAUAAACUAGAACAACAUAAGGAUCAGAAACAUCUAGAUUUUUGUUGCCAUUCAUGGCGCUGGUGCUUGAAAUUUUUGCAUGUGCACUUUCCUGAA